AUGCGAUUCGAAGUGCCACUCUCUGAAGUUGAUUCGAGUGACGAACUCGACCAGCUUUUAUUCGAUUACCUCGGUCCACCCAUCCACCUACCUCCAAAGGCCAAGGGAAUGCCGCAGCCCGCUAUGGAAUCGACAAACUCGGCCCCCGAUCUCUCGCGAGACAGCCCAAGCCAUGACUUUACUCCAAAAUCUUGUAGACAGUCCGGGGGAGCCAAAAGGGUUCCCACUAACGGUAGCCGUGCACCAAGUGAUACAUCUUUCACUAAUCCCAACCUCAUCCUCUUCGAGAAUGCGCGGACUGCUUCCAGAAAUCACCGUCAAGGCUCGCAGAUCGAAAGUCCGUUUUACAUUCUCCCGGGAGAUCUAUCGAACGUUGGCCGCAGCUUUCUGCCUCUGAACACGCCCAACCCAGGAACUCACAUCACGAACAUCCCCAUUGAUCAUGAACAUAGUCAGUCCGGUGUUACUGCAAAUGAAGAGCCGAAGAGUUACGAUGAGAGCCCUCCCAAAGUGAAAAGACGCCUCAGACUAGGAGGAAUGGUGCGCGUGGUAAGUGCCCAGGUGAGAGAUGUAGAUUUCUACAAAUAUACACAAGCUAAUAUCGUUCCCAAGAAACGCCCACUCGACGAGCUCGAAGAAGAGGAUCAAUCUGGUAUCAAGGCCGAAGAUCCGGAGCCAGAGAAGGAAGUCUUUCACAAUUCCAAGACUACGCUUGAUCCAACCGACACGGCUAUCCCAGUCAAGCCUCUUCACCCACGCGCUGUGAAAUUCGAACUAACCGAAUUGACCCGCUCAGCAAGCUCUUUCGGCGCACCCGGCGAGAAAGUUGAAGCCAAGCCAAGCUUGACAAACUUUGCGGACAGUCCAUUUACCACAGGAAUUAUCACAGAUGGCUCAACCAAAUCCACCCCUGCAGAAAGUCCCUCUUCAACUCUAUCAUGGGAAGAAGUUGUCGCAAGCAGUCUAGUUGCCGCCCCCGCCAUGACCACCAAUUCAAAUACAACAGCCCCCCAAAUCAAGACUCCCACCAAACUAGUUGCUACCGUCCGCGGUGAUCAGACCCCGCCAUUUCUCAAGGCCCUUAAGGAGUUGAGGUACGAAAACUACAAAUCUCGCCUCAUCCGUCCCCAGAGUCCUUCAAGCAGCACGUCCAUUGAGACCCCAUCGAGCUCUCAAAGCCCAGAUAGCUUGACCGUGAAUCUAUCGGAAGACAAUACCCUUAUUGAGCCCCCAUUGAGUGCACAAACUCUCGACAGCUUGGUCGUGAAUCUGUCGAAGGGCAAUACGCAGACUACUCCGGACAAGUAUCUCCAGGCCCCAAGCAAUGAGAGCCUCGAGGCAAAUAUCCGCAAGAAGGAGCUCCUGAAGGAAUUCUGUGACAAGGUAUCGGAUCUCAGAACAGGAUCUUUCCUGCGGACAAAGAUGGUCGAAGCAAGGCAGCAGGUCAAAAUUGACGCGCUCCAACGGGAGAAUUCCAGCCUCCUCGAAGAGAAAAGUCAGGAUCGUCAAGAGAUCGGCCGACUGGGUUUAAAACUGGCUAUCAUUGAAGCAGAGAGGCAGUUUGAUAAGCGGAAGAUCUUGCAGUCUAAGAAAGUCUUACGCGAGGUUUCCAUUCAUGCUGACAACGUGAGAAAUCUGUUCCCCAACAUGUCUUUCCACAACGAUCAAGAAAGGAUCACCGGUGAGAAACCGAGCAUGAAUGCCUUUAGUGCUCUACGGGAGCUGGAGGAGAAGAACAAGAUUUCGGGGUAG